AUGCGUCAGUACUCGCGUGCCGCCGCCGCCGCCGUGGCACUGGCUGCCACCGCGAAGGCCACCAACACUGCCUCCCUGAGCUCUCUCUGCACCGUCGCCAACGUCCAGGCUGCUCUCCCCGCCAACGGAACCCUCCUCGGAAUCGACCUGCUCCCCUCCACCGUCACCGCCGAGACCUCCUCCGACCAGCAGUCCGGCUCUGACUACUGUGCCGUCAGCGUCUCCUACGUUCACACCGGUACCACCGAUGAGAUCGUCCUCAACUACGGCUUCCCCAGCCCCGCCGACUUCAGCAACCGCUUCUACGUUGCCGGUGGCUUCGGUUACUCCCUGGGUACCUCCAGCACCGGUGGUCUCGAGUACGGCGCUGUCGGUGGUGCCACUGACGCUGGAUACGGCGCUCUGACCGGUACUACCGUCGAUGAGGUCAACAUCAAGGGUAACGGUACCAUCAACUGGGACCCCAUCUUCAUGUUCGCCUACCAGGCUCUUGGAGAGCUCACCACCGUCGGAAAGCCCCUCACCCGUGCCUUCUACGGCCUCGACAGCGACGCCAAGAUCUACACCUACUACGAGGGUUGCUCCGAUGGCGGUCGCCAGGGAAUGUCCCAGAUCCAGCGCUACGGAGCCGAGUACGAUGGUGCCAUCAUCGGUGCCCCUGCCUUCCGCUACGGCCAGCAGCAGGUGAACCACCUGUUCUCCAGCGUGGUCGAGCAGACCCUGGACUACUACCCCCCCACCUGCGAGAUGGAGAAGAUCGUCAACGCCACCAUCGCUGGCUGUGACGCCCUUGACGGCCGUGUUGACGGUGUCAUCUCCCGUUCCGACCUGUGCCAGCUGGAGUUCAACCUGACCUCCAUCAUCGGCGAGUCCUACUACUGCGCCGCUGAGACCUCCGCCUCCCUCGGCUUCAACUUCAACAAGCGUAACGACGGCUCUUCCGUCUCCACCACCCCCGCCCAGCGCGGUAACGUUACUGCCAAGGGUGUUGAGGUUGCCCAGAAGAUCUACGACGGUCUGUUCUCCUCUGCUGGAGAGCGUGCGUACCUCUCUUACCGUAUCGGUGCCGAGUUCACCGAUGGUGAGACCGCCUACGACAACACCACCGGCACCUGGGGCGUCGACAUUCCGUCAACCGGCGGGGAGUUCGUGGGCCGUUUCAUCGAGCUCCAGGACGUUGACAACCUGUCCACCCUCGAGGGAGUCACCUACGACACCCUGAUUGAGUGGAUGAACGAGGCCAUGGUUCUCUACAUGGACACCCUCCAGACCACUCUCCCCGACCUGACCACCUUCGAGUCCACCGGCGGAAAGAUCAUCCACUACCACGGAGAGUCUGACCCCUCUGUCCCCACCGCUUCUUCCGUCCACUACUGGCAGUCCGUUGCCCGUACCAUGUACCCCUCUCUGUCCACCGCCGACGCCCUUGAGAAGCUCAAGACCUGGUACCAGCUGUACCUCGUCCCCGGUGCUGCUCACUGUGGCCGCAACACCCUCCAGCCCGACGGUCCCUUCCCCGAGGACAACAUGGAGACCAUGAUCCAGUGGAUCGAGAACGGUGUCCAGCCCGCCUGGCUCAACGCUACCGUCGAUGCCGGCCAGUACGACGGUGAGGUCCAGCAGCUCUGCCAGUUCCCCAAGCGUCCCCUCUGGAAGAACGGCGCGUGGGAGUGUGAGACCGAUGCUGAGGGUGCCGAGACCUUCUACUACAACUUCCCCGCCUUCAAGACCCCCGUCUUUUAA